UCAAUAUUCGAGCUCCCCAUGUGGUCCCCCUUUGGCCCGGGACCUCGAAGUCGAGUUGCGACAGCCCGUCUACAUAUUCAAUUCGCCCUUAACACUGUCACAACACCCCGUCCAAAAUGGUUGUCCUCGCAGCGUCGAUUUGUACCCGUGGCGGGAAAGCUGUCCUCUCCCGCCAGUUCAGGGAGAUGCCACGAUCCCGCAUCGAAGCCCUCCUUGCGUCUUUUCCAAAGCUGGCUGAUAGUGGCACCCAGCACACGACCGUCGAACAAGAUAAUGUGCGCUUCGUUUACCAGCCGCUGGACGAGCUCUACAUGGUGCUCAUUACCAACCGCCAGUCCAACAUCCUUCAAGACAUCGACUCCCUGCACCUGUUCGCGCAGGUUGUCACCAGCACAUGCAAGAGUCUCGAUGAGAGGGAGAUCCUGAAGAAUGCGUACGAGCUACUCAGCGCUUUCGACGAGCUCGUCACCCUCGGAUACCGCGAGAACUUAACCAUCAGCCAGAUCAAGACCUUCCUCGAGAUGGAGAGUCACGAAGAGCGAAUCCAGGAGAUCAUCGCACGAAACAAGGAAUUGGAGGCGACGGAGGAGCGGAAGCGAAAGGCCAAGCAGCUGGAAAUGCAGCGCAAGGAGUCGGCUCGAGCUGGCCGCGUCGGUGGUGGCAUGCCCAGAACGCCCGUGUACCCGACUUACACCCCUCCGACCCGCCCGACGCCAACGGAUACGUACGACUCGUACGAAGCUGAAAAGAACAAGACCUUCAACAAACUGAAUGCUCCUAAGGGCAAGGGUAUGCAAUUGGGCAAGAAAUCCAAGACCACGGACAUGUUCGAGCGUGUUCGAGGCGAGAUGGGCCCCGAAGUGGACGAUACGCCCCUUAUCACGCCAUCCCCUGCCCAUGUUCCCGAGCCUGCAGCAGAGCCCCGAGUCUCCUCUACCCUUGACCGUGAUGCUAUCCACGUCGUGGUCAACGAGGCCAUCAGUGCCAAGCUGUCGAGAGAGGGAGCCAUCAACUCCCUUGCGAUAGUUGGUGAUCUGAGCCUCCGCAUCUCCGACCCUACCUUGACCAAGGUCAAAUUGAACCUGACGGCCAACGCAUCUCACGGCGCCCAGUUCCGAACGCAUCCCAACGUCGACAAGAACCUCUUCAACAGCUCCAAGGUUAUCCAGAUGAGCAACACUGCCCGCGGCUUCCCCACGAACCAGUCAGUGGGCGUGCUGCGCUGGAGGGCGACGGCCAAGGCAGAUGAUGCCAGCGCGUGCCCCAUUACGUUCACAGUCUGGAUCAACAAGGAUGCGGACAAGUACAACAUGACGGUCGAGUAUGAGCUGACGGGCGGCGACACACUUAGGGACGUCAGUGUGAUCAUUCCCUAUCAGGUUAGCGAGCCAGUUGUCUCGAGUUUCGAUGCCUCGUACGAGGUCUCCGGAGACUCUCUGGAGUGGAACAUCGGAACAGUGUCAGACGAGAACCCCACAGGAUCGUUCGAGUUUGAGGCCGAAACCAACGAUGAGAAUGACUUCUUUCCCAUGACGGUCAGGUUCUCAAAGACGUCUCCUUUCAUUGACGUCGAUGUCUCCUCGGUUUCCCUACUUGAAGAGGAUGAGGAAGUGACUUUCUCAAAGGAAGUCAAGUCGAAUGCAGACAACUUCUUGAUUGAAUAGAGAGCCGAGCUCCAGUAGCUAGCUAAGGUAUCUUAGAUUGAGAUGAGAUCGUUAGUGGUUGCAUUGUUGAGCGCCAACCCAGGAGUUUCCGAGCAGCGGGUUUGACUGGCAAUGUUGGGAAAUUGCCAUUGCAGUUGGCUGCAUGAAAUGAAACGUAUCUUAGAGAGAGAAACAGGGCGCGAAAGCACCUGCAAAAGAAGCUAUUUAUUGUUGCUGUUGUUGCCAACCCACCCUUAAGCGCCG